AUGAACACAUUUGCUUCUAAAAGCGGGUUCUGUCCGAGUGUCGCCGUUUUGUCAAGCCAAGGAGCCGAGAAUGUUGCUUAUCGAAACAAAUUGUCGUUUGCUCAGAUGCUGGGCCCGUUCAGCACGAUUAAAGCGGAAAUCAAGGUGAAUAUUCGAGCUGGAUUUUGAUAAAAAUUGGGGUUUUGUGCGAAAUUUUAUGGAGAUUUUGACGCAGUUUAUGCUUCAAAGUUAUUUUUUGUAUAUUUUACGUAUCUUAGCAUUUAAUAUUGUGUUUGACGUUAUCUAUGAUUGAUGAUUGUUUUUCAGGAUCCUAAUGGUCGUAGUGGACAGAUAACUUUAACAGUUGACUUCAGGGACAUACGAAAAGAUGGGUAUUUAUUAAGUUUGUCAGUAUUACCUUCGGUUCUUCAAGAGGUAGGUAUUUCUUUUAUUUUUCUUGUUUUAGGUGAUCAAUAAAAUGUUUUUCUCCUUGUACUGUUUUUGUGAUGACAAUACGUGGAAACCUAUCUUUGUUAGCUCUUAUACAUAUCAUCUUGUAUGCUUUUUACAUUACAAUAUCAAUUUACUGAUUAAAGUGUGUUGUAGAUAGUAAAAUUGAACAGUAACAACAGCUCAUCGGAUGUCUGGGACAAUUGUUUCGUUCAAGCGUUUCACUCAUGGUUUGAGCCAGCUGAACAUGAUUUUUUGAAGGCACAUUUAGCUUGUAUAUUCGUAAUAUCAGCUGAAGAUCAGAAUCCACUGGGAGAGUUGGAAAACUUAGUGAACCAGCAAAACUUACAACAGGUAUAUGGUUAAUAUAAUUUUUUGUUGGUUUUGCUGAUUUUUUAGAUAAGGUGACUAAAGUAAAGGAUGAUAUAGAUGUUAGGGAUUAUGACAGUUAGUUUUAGAGCAGUUAUAAUGAUAAGGUAUUGAUAAAACUUAUAUUAUUUUAGGUGUUAUGGUUAAUAUCUUAUUUUUAGUUUUUACUGCUUUUUGUGGUGUUUAAGGUUAAGAUAAGUCUGUUAUAUUUAAAAAUAAGUUAAUUAAAAUAAUAUGCUAAAUUUCAGCAUGGUUCAGAUGCUGGAUCGCUUCAAAUUCCAGCAUUUUGUUCGUCUCCGAAAUGGUUUCUACCUCAAACUCUCAAGUAUUACGUAGUUUUACACGAUGUUCUUAAAGGAAACAAAGAAAAGUAUGUUUUUGUGAUCUAAAAUUUUAUAUUAGAUGUGUUUUGACCUAUUUUAAUAAUAUUUUGUUCUAUAUUAAUAACAUAUGAGUUUUAACUAUUGCACCGUGCAAAAUUUAAAAUUUACUUUCAAAUUAAAAAUAUAGUUUUAACAUACUAGUUUUAGUGCUGAACGAAUCUACAAGUCAGUAAAAGACAAAUACGGGGACAACUUCUCAGCUUUAUUGGAAAUAAACUCAGAACAAGAGGUGAAUCUGCCUGAUCUGUGGAGCAAUGUUAAUGUAAGGAGAAUCGGUCUCAGAAAUGGGCUGGAUGUGGCUAGACGAGAAAUUUUAGCUAGCCGAAGCCCAAAUCCUAAUUCUAAUGGAAUUGCUAUUGAUCAGGUUAGUGGAUUUUAACAAAGUUUUAAGAGGUAUAGGGGUUUAAAAUGGAAAUUUGAUUCUUUCUUUUAAAAAUUUUAUUUUUUUACAAUUUUUAAAGUUUUAUCAUUUUAAAAGUAGAAAAAUAUCAUUUUUUGGUUAUGAGUCUACAGUAAGCUAAAAUACAAAUCUUACUUUCAGGAAAAACCUCAAGUAGAAGUGUGUUCCUUCGGCAAAUGCUUAUCACAAGAAGACAGAGAUCGGAUAAAGUCGUUUGUCGAACACUUUAUCAACAUGACCUUAAUUGGAUAUGUGACAAAGCAAAUGCAACUCCUGAAUGAUGCUAUCGUCUCCAGGAGAGGCAUAGGAAAGUCAUUCACGAGUAUGAGGAAGUGGCUCAAUGUCGCUACGGCUUCACCUACUACCAACUCAACUAGUGUUAAGUAAGGAAUUUUUAAGAGGGAAGGGGUGGUUUUUGGACUUAAAAUUAUUUUUUAGGUAUAGGUGCAAUCAUGUUUUUUAGAUUUUUUAAUUUUUUUUUAAAUUUUUAAAAUUUCAACUUCAUUUCAGCUACACCACAGAAAGCACGGAAAUGCAAUCCAGACGUCUGGCAGAUCUAGCUUUCCUAUUUGGAGCCUAUCCAUUUGCAUUUCAGCUGUAUCAGAGUUUGAAAAAAGACUUUUUAAAUGAUCAGGCUUGGCUACAGCACGCUGGAACGUUGGAAAUGGCGGCCAUCACUUCCUACCUAUCUGGAGCUUCGAAUGCCAAAAACUUUCCAAUGCAUUACAUUGAGAAUUCCUUGAAUUACUAUUUGAAAACUAGCUUGUGAGUUGAAAUUUAGUGAUUUUGGGGGUAAAAAGUGAGGGUUUUAAGGAAAAAGUGGGUUGAUAUUGGGAGAAUAAGGCUGUUUUUUGAAUUUUAGGUAACAAAGUUGGUUUUGGAACUGGGAAAAUCUAAAAAAUAGGUUACAGUUUGGAUUUUUUCGCUGGAAAAAGUUUUUUCGCAAAUUUCUCUUGUUUUAAGCUUAAAAAACGACAAAACUUUCUUGACUUAAAAUUUUUUAAAAUUUGACAAAAUGACUUUGAAAAUUGAGAAUCAGCUCCAAAAUUUUGCAAAUCAGCUCACCUUCUUUGUAUAUAUGCUAAUUGCCUUCAGGAAUCCCCUCCUGUUUUUCCGUUCACUGCUCUUCUCCACCCGCCUCCUGGAAGCCUUGGACAGGCCACAAGACGCAGCCGGCUUCCUGGCCCGGUUCAUCCCCCAAACCAACCUCACCGACCUCUUCAAAGCCGUCGCCAUCGAACACUCGGGCACCUUGUUUGGCCGUGCCAGAAUGUUCCGAAAGCAGUCGUUCCAUCGGUUCUUGGCCUCGAAAUGCUUUUACCAAAUCAAGCUGGACACUAUCGCUACAAGGCUAUUAGAGUCGGUGUUAACAGAGAUUAGUGAUAAGAGAUGGUCAGCGGCCGAAGACCACCUACUGGAAGAGAUGUGCCGAGAACUGGGUAACGACAAGGAAAUGGUCAAGGAAUGUUUGGAGAAGCUGCUCAAGUCAGAUGGCAGCGAAAGAACCGAAGGUCAGUCCAUUAUCAACUUUGUCAACUACCUCAAGGUCUGUGAAGGCAUGGACUCGGUAGCCCUAACCAUACCUGAAUUGGAGCCAAAGAGCACGCUCAUGUACUACGUGAAUCAGGACGUGAUCUCGAGGAACGGCAAAGAAUCAUGGAUGGAGUUGUACAAUCAGAGCAUUGCCAAGAUGAGGCACUACAAUCCAGCUGUUAAGCAGCCUUUUGGAGCUCCAAAGGUACUAAAGGUACCAACCAAUGAACCGGUCUAUGUUAAGAUUGGAUUGGUGAACAAAUAUGCCUUCCCGGUGCUCAUGGAGAAGGUCAAGUUGGAGGUUAAGGUGAGGGAAGGGGUUUUAUUAGAUUUUUCAAAUAAUUAUGUGCCUUUAAUCUCGAAAAUUUGUUUUGAGAGGGGGCACAUGAUUAUUUGAGCAACCUAAUAGGUGUUUUAAAAAGGGUCGAUUUUUAGGUAUCAAUCCCAAUAAUAAUACCUUUAUGUUUAGUCCAACGCUGAAGUCGAAUGUCAUAUAGUAGAAAGAAUCGAAAUCCCCGCUUAUGACAAUGAAAAAGAGGGCAAUAUCACCGAAGUUCUGCUGGCUUUCACUCCAAAAAGCGUGGAUAACAUGUAUGAAGUCACAUCAAUGUCGUGCAGGUUGUCAGAUCUUAAUAAAACUGCAGUAAUCAAUGGAGUCAUAGCUGUAGAAGGGAGUGAGGUAAGAUUUUGGUUGAAAAAUUGUUGGAUAUGUAGGAAGUUUGGGAUUUUUUAGGCGUUUAAAUAUGGUUUUUGACCUGUUUUUCGAUUUGAAAUAGAAGUUUUGACGUUUUUUUCGAUUUUUAAGGUCAAGAAAUGAUGUUUUAGCUAAAGCACGAUUUUCAAUGAUUUAAAGUAAAAAUUGGAAGUAAAGUGCUUUUAAAUUUUACAGCAUUUUCAAUUCAAUUUUAAUGUGUAUAACACGUUUUUCUUUUCAGAAAUCAUCAAAAAUCUGCGUAAAAACGGACAAAUUGGUAUGGCCACGGCUGGACAUCUCUCUACCACCACAUUCGUACGAUGAACAUCACAAAAUACCAUUACAAUUAUAUUGUGGACAAGUUUACUCCUCCGAAUUGGCCAUUCAAAACAAGUCCGAGUCGGCAGCUAACGUUCUAAUCACGUCCGACUGUGCCAAUGAGUUUGGAAUUGCUGUGGAUGGGCGAGGUGGCUAUUCAUCAGGCUUGGGUCAUGGCGCUGAUCAAGGAGCCGGUCAUGGUUUACAUUACGGUUUGGGUGUAUCAAGCCAAGGAGUAAGGUUUGGUGGUCAAGGAGCGGAGCAUAGUUUACAUAUUGGCUCAGUUCAAGGUUCAGGUCAUGGUGUAUAUCAAGCAACAGACUAUAGUUCACAUCAAGCCUCAGCUCAACUUCGAAGCCAAGAUCCAGAAGGCUAUCAAGAGCAUUUCCAAAUCCUACCAGGCCAGAACACCACCCUCAACCUACUGAUAUUCGUAUCAACGACCAAAGUUGUGGAGAAAUUGAUCAAAGUCAUGAUAACUUAUAGCUCGGCCCAUGGAGCGGUCCGAAACCACCUGAUUGAGUUUAUCAUAACAUCAGAGAUGCUCUUGCACUCGAGUAUUAGAGUAGUGGACAAGAAGUCCGGGCUAUGUGGCUUAGUGGUGAGGAAUGAAGCUCCAGUCACAAAGACAUUUAGCAAUAUUGAAGUACUCAAACUGAGCAUAAAGAGUAAUGAGAAGAGGAUUGAAGAAGUUAUUGGACUGGAGAAGCUGUCAAACAGAAGUGUGAUGCUAGAGACGGAUCAACAGGAUACGUUCUGCUUCAAAGUCAAGGUUAAUAUGGGGAGAGAGGGCGAAACUGAUGUUGUAGUAGGCAAAAAGUUGGGAGUUGAAGGUGGUAAUGGCAAGAGAUUGGGAACAGAUGGUGUUACUGGAAUAAAAAUGGCUUCAGAAGGAGCUACGAUAGGCUACGGAUCACGAGAAUCGACUCCAGAAGCCAGAGGAUCGGUAGAAUCGUUAAAAUCAUCAUCAGCAGCUUCAGAGUCCGCUAGAUCGCCUUCAGAAGCUGCAAGAGGAUCCAAAUCAAAUUCAGGAGCUACAGGAGCAUCUAAAUCAACUUCAGAUGCUACAGUUUCCAAAUCAUCGUCGCUAUCUUUAGAACCUUCAAUAGUAUUCAAGGAGAUACCAUCCUUUAUCUCUAGAUGGCCAAACCACAAAGAUCAAACUAACUCUACCGUAAUAUACUUUGAAUUACUGUGGAAAGCGCGUGUCACUUGCGAACAAGGAACUACCACAACAUUGUACGGCAGAAGCAGAAUCCCAAACCCAUUCAUAACGAUAGACAACGAAGAGAGAAACGACAUCACUACCUUCAUAUGCCCAAAGACAUUACUCAAGAAGAGUUUGGAAGAGAAGAAGGGAGCGAUUGAUGGGUUGGAGAAGGUACUCAAGCUGUCAGAAGAAGAUAUAGACACCUUGGCAUCGGAAUUCGCUUGUAAUAUCACGGUGAAGGACCCACGCAUCCCGUGGGAGAGCAAGUAUGCUGUGGCAUAA